GCCCCCACCCCCCGCCCUAUAAAUGCCUCUCCAAAAUGCAGCGGAGCUCCUUUCUCCCGUCCCGACCGGCUGCGCAGCUCCGCGCCCCGCGCAGCCGCCGCCGCUGCUCGGCGGGUCUCCGUCCCUGCUCCGCGCCCCGCUCCUUCCCCCUCCCCUUUUCCUUUUUUUUUUUUUUUUUAAGAUUUUAGUUUUUAAUUUCCCAACCCCCUCUCCCGUUUUUCUCCUCCGCCCCCUCCCCGCGGCCGGUUUGCAUGCAUUGUCUGUCUCCCAAGAUGGUUUGUGAGACCAAGAUUGUGGCGGAAGAUCAUGAAUCAAUCCCGGGAUCCAAAAAAGACACGAUCAUUGUUUCUUCCUCCCAAAUGUGGCCCUCUUUGGCGGGCUCCCCUUCCUCCCCCCCGCCUCCCCUCAGCCCCCCAAAAGAGGACCCCCGCCGCGACAAUGUCUAUAUCCGUGAAUUCCACCCCUCCGAGCAGGAGGUGGUGCGCCGCAUAUUUUACGAGGGUAUCAUGGAGCGGAUCCCCAACACGGCGUUCAGGGGGCUGAAGCAGCAGCCCCUCACUCAGCUGCUCUACGGGCUGCUGGCGGUAAUAUGCUUUGUUGUGACCAAGUCCUUCCUGCUGACCUGCUGUUUGCCCAUCUUUCUGAUGGGCAUGAGGUACUACUUCAGUAGAAAAGUUAUCCUCCACUAUCUCGAUUGUGCGCUGCAUACGGACAUGUCCGAUAUUGAGCAAUAUUACAUGAAACCGCCAGGCUCCUGCUUCUGGGUCGCCGUCCUGGAUGGCAACGUGGUGGGGAUCGUGGCGGCACGGGGCAACGAGGAGGACAACACGGUGGAGCUGCGCCGCAUGUCCGUCGACUCCAACUACCGCGGCAAAGGGAUCGCCAAGGCCCUGGGCCGCAAAGUGCUGGAGUUUGCCAUGCUCAACAACUACUCGUCCGUCGUGCUGGGAACCACGGCCGUGAAGAUGGCAGCCCACAGGCUCUACGAGUCCUUGGGGUUCAAGCACGUGGGUGUCGUCGAACAUUACGCCCUGCCAGGGAUGACGCGCUCCUUACUGGAGAGAAUGUUUUUCCAGCUCCGCUAUCACCGCUACCGCCUGCAGCUGCGAGAAGAAUAAAAAAUAACCCAACCAACCAAAUUUUCUUUUCCCCUCCUACCCCUUCAAAAAUAAUAAAUUGCCCUUCUCUUUCUCGUCACCGUUGAAUUGCCGAUUUUGGGUUGAGUGUUUGUCCCCUCACGUCAUCUCUUGGUUUGCUCUGUGCAGCUGGCUGUCCAGCCGAGCAGCGCUCCUUCCUCGCGUGCUGCAGGCGGUGGCGGGCGUCCUGCGACCCGGCGGAGCGGAGCGGAGCGGCGGCCUCUCCUUCCCAGGUACCUCCGUAAAGCACAGAAAACUCUAACUGCAAAGUAGUCCCACUGCUCUGGUGUACAUAGUCUUCUCCUUUUCCAAAUGUAAGAUAACAUAGUGAUGCAUUCAUAAUAGUGCAGAAAUAUUACUUGAAUGCAGUUUUCAGUAUUUCAUGCACCAGUAAGUAGAAUAUGCAUUCGUCUAACCGUUAUUUACUGGUUAAUAGUUUUCAAAAAUAAGGUGGGGGGGUGCAAAAAGCCCCCCACCCCAACCCGCUUGCUACAAUGCAUGAAGAGGAAAGCGCGUGCACGCACUCCAGCACAUCGCCCUGCCACCACGGCACUGGUGUUGCACUUUUAUUUGGAUGUGCCUCAUUCUGCCAAAUGUCUGAGAGACCCCGGGUGCAACCGGUAACCACGACUCCGCUCCACCCCCCCCUCCUUCCUAAGCCAGCACAAACUCGGACCGACUGAACUCUGAGCCCCAUUGUACCAUAGUGUGAAGUUCAGAUCAAACCUAAAUGUCUCCCGCGCUGUUCUGUAGCCACGCGUAACCUGCAGUCCUGGGCCAGGCUCCGCAUGUGCGUUGGACUUUCUCUUCGCUGCCUUUUGGGGUUUUGUUUGUUUGUUUGUUCUAUUUUUAAGGGUUUUUUGUUGUUGUUGUUGUUGUUAUUUUUAGUUUUGGCUUUUGCUGAAUGGUGUCAUUGAGGCGUAAUGGAGGCUGCAGUUCCUAUGGCAACACAUUUGCACAUUAAUGUGCACACCAAAUCUAACCACUUCAGAGAAGCAACAUGUGACAGAUAAUCGCAUUUUGGGGAGCACCAGGGUUGGGGGAAGCAUACUUAUUAUCUUAACUAGCUGCUUGUUCAAUAAAUGUAGAUGGCCUCACUGCAGCCUUCCAUCAAAGGUAGUUAACUGCUUUAAUGAUGUCAGAUUUGUGAAUUGUACAAUGCAAAAAGCAAUGCAAAGCAGAUUCGGCAUGUGUCUGUACCCAGUAUGUAUGUACAGUGCCUGCCAACUAAAGAAUAACCAAGACUACAGCUUCUUCUAGCCUGAGAUAUCAACUUUUAUAACUUAUUUAAACAAAUAGCAACUUUGCAUGAAUUAUGUCUUGGGGAAAAAGAAGAUUGGUAGGCUUUCAUUUUUAAAACGUCGUAUCAGAAGUAUACAGAAAACAUUUCUGGCUGCACUUAAUUUGGGGUGGGUGGAGGGGUUCAGCUCUGUUAAUACAUUUAAAGGGAAAAUCCCUUUAAUUUAGUUCCUGGGGGGAAACAGUUACUAUUUUACGAGGUGUUAUGUGUGGGGGGUGGGAGGGGAAACGAACACCUGUCACGAUGCACUUGAUGAAAGGGUAGAGCCUGUGUUAACCACGCUGGCACUUGCAAACACAAGGGCAGCAUCAGCGGGAGAGCCCCAGCAGGGAGGAGCCGUGGGGUGAGAUGUCACGGGCCCACGCGUGGGAUGCUGCCUGCAUCUCGCUUGGACCCAGAGCUGCCCUUUCCAGCCCAAAUGAGGGUGAGGGCAGCGGGGAGGGGGCUCAGCCCAUCUGUCCCUGCUGGGGCUGUGGGCCGGGCACUGGUGCCACAGAUGGAGGAGCUGGAGGGGCAGAGUCCCGGUGUGUGUCUCAGCAAUAAGGGGGGAAAAUUAGGAUGGUGAAUGAAGGGCACUGUAGCAAGAGACCGUGAGUUUAAUUAACAAAAUUUCUGUAUGGGGCACUAUAUUUUUAAAAGUUCUUUCUAUGCUGUACAUUUCUCCUGAAGCUGAAAUAAUGUAUUGUUGGUAGGGGUUUUUGUAUAGUGUACAGAAAUUGGCAGAAUAUUUUCUUGCUGCAUUCAGUGAUUUAUUAACCGAAGUAAAAUAGACAAAUAUAAAGUGUUAGCAAAAGUUGAAAGAAAAAAAACCACAGAACAGUUUGUGCCUUUUUUUAGUUUAUUUUUUCUGUUGCUAUAUAAUCACUGCACUAAAACCUUUCCAGAAGGGAAAAAAAAAGCAAAACUAGUCUCUUAAUAAGGGAGGAAUACAUAAAGCCUAAAUUGAGUGUUAAUUUUUUUAUUGGGAUAUUUAAUUAAAAGAAUGUCGCUGGUUUUAUUUGAUACCUGUGCCUUUGUAAUAAAACUCCACAUCCUGUCAGAAAAGCCAAACCAGGUAUAAAUCCCACCAGAUCCCACAGAUGCAGAAGUACCAUCAGGUUACCAGUAUUUUCUUUAAAAAAAAAAAAACAAAAACAAACUUGUAAACCUUAACUAAUGAUAUUGCAGUAUCUGAUCGUAAUACCUGUUGAGUUGCCUGGGAAGGGGUUGCUUUGGGAAGGUGCAGCUUUCGGGAUGCUGUCUGCAUUCUUCCCCAGGCACGCCAGCUGCCGGAGGUGCACCGAUAAGGAUUGAGUCGUUGCCACUUGGCCGGUAGCUGCUGAGCAGAUUUCUUCCCUUAAUGCUUCUGCCAGUUGCUUUGUGACCGGGCUCUUUGGAACAAAUCCAGCUGGUUGCUCCCAGCUCUCCAGCCGGGACAGCUCGUUUCUGGAGGAGAGGGCUGGCUGCCAGAUGGGUUGGGUUUUGCUUUCCUCGGGUGAUGGAGAGGGCUGGCGGGUGGAACGCCGCUGAUCCCAGCCCUGGUUUUUACUGGAGAACCCACAUGGCUGCCAGAGCUGUGUCACUGGUGGCAGCAGUGGGAUGGGGUACAGGACCUGGGGCGUUGCUGCUGCUUCCCCACCCAGAACUGCUCUGAAUAGGAUUAGACAAGGUUGGGCUUAAAAGCUUUGAGUGAUACUGUCCGGUCAUCUGCAUUCAUGGGAAGCUUCCCUAAAUGUGAUAGCUCAGGCGAAGCUCUGGAGACAGAAAGCCUCUUUGUGCUGCUCUCUGUGACCCCCAGGCUCUGGACUGUGCCGGGCUCACCCGCUGUUGUCCUCGGGGUCCAGCCUGCCUUGUCCUCACUGCCUGGGCCAGUGUGCUGGUAGAGACCACAGUGCAGGUCACAGGGUGAUGUGUUGAGGCUGACCUGCCUUGGGUGGGUCCAUCCAUCCGUGGUGUCUCUUUCAGGGUGCACUGGUUUAAACAGCAUUGCAUGGAAAAGUGAGAUCCCACAGCUCAUCGCUUGUAUCCCCACCACUGGUUUUGCAGCCCCCCCUGGGGAGCUUCUUGCUUCUCCUGCACCAUGCAGCUAUGGUUGACACAGUCCUGCAUCAGGACCAUCACCAUUUCCCUUUCUCUGGUCUUGAGCAUCACCUUCUGAAUGCUCCCAUCCCAGUUCAGCAUCUGAGUUGUGCAGAGCAGCACAAAGUGGUUGUGGGUUUGUCCUGAGCAGAAGAACUCGCCAUCUGGACCUACUGCCAGAAACCCAUUGAGAGCCUAUUGCCAGUUGUCAAGUCUAAUUCCAACACAGACUCACAUCAGUAUGAGGUGGUUCUUAACUUAUUUUGGUGGUUUCUCCUUCCAAGGACACUUCUAGCUGGAGUUUGGGAUGAGUGGAGCUUCUCUUGGGUCUUAGUCUCAGUUGGUAGACAUCGUGGCUAGUAAGACUGCUUCAGAUUUAGGCAGAGCAUGUGUUGGAGAUGUGGAGGAGCUUCCCCCAGCUGUGCUAGGUGCUAUUUUUCAUUUGCUGCGCAUGUGGGUUGUCACAGCCCACUGCCCUUGUCCUGCAUGCUCUGUGGUGUUACCAAGGACACGGUUUCCUCAGCUGCCAACUCUCUCCUUGGCAUGGUUGCUUUUUCUUCUGAUCCCUGGGUAGUGGACACUGCUCGAGUGUCCUCUGCUUGGAGGGGACUGGCGCAGAGCCCUUGCUUACUGGAGAAGGCACCUUACAGGCUGUGAUGUGCACGUACAUGUUUCUCUUCAAAAAAAACUUUAAAAAGAUUUUAAAAGGGGGAAACUUUGCAUUGCAGUGGCUGAGGUCCAGAGCCUCGGGGCUCCGCCAGCCCUGCGGCACAGCCUGGGCAAUUCCCCAUGGAGUGAGUGGGAAUGCCCUGCGCAUCCUCAGCAAACUGGCAUCCCAAGCACGCACAGUAUUUGGCAAUAAGCUCUGUGUGAAGCUUGGCCCCUGAAUGGUCCCUGACCAGUAAUGCUGAGCAAUCCAAGCAACAAGGAAAGUGAUUUCUAAUCUUACUUGAAACCCUUGGACUGGUAUUUGUUGUAAAAUCAUGCAGUGUUUUCCCUACGCGAAGCAGACAGCACUUGCAAAAUGCCUGGAAACGGCAGCCACAAUUCACGUCUGCUGGGAUAUGCCCUUUGCAGCGCUUCUUGCUGCAGGAGAGUUUGGGGCGCUGCCAUCAGCACUGAUCUUUUCCCCUACACUGCUGUUACCGUGCGGUAUGUGGGAUGGUAUUUCUGCGCAAGGCUUUACCUCUCCCCGAGCGGGCUGCCGGCUGUACCCUGGCACAGGACUGAGCAUCGGGAGCUGAGCUGUCACCUGCGGGUGACACGCGGUCCAUCCACUCCCAUCUCUGUGGCGUGUACGACUCAGAGAGCAGCUGCAGCGGUGGAGGCUGCUCGGGGAGGAGAGAUGCAUGGCUGUGGGGAGCCAUGGCCAUGGGGUGCCUUGGGUGUCGGGUGUUUCAGGCUGGGCAUCAUGGAAGGAGACAGCUGGCAGUGUAGUCAACCCUGUCAGGGAGAAACAGGCUUGUUUUAAAAGGUGUUUGUUGGAAGCAAGAUGAGUUUAAUGGUAUUAUAAGGAGCCUGUAAGGAUGUCCUGUGUCCUUCAGGUCUGAGGUGUGGUAGCGUUGUGGUGGUGAGUUGGUUGGUCGUCGCAGGUGGGGUGCAAUGGGGGUGGUAGAGGCAGGACCAGCAUUUGGGAUGCUGCAGAGGUAGUUGUGCGGCCAAAGACAACAUCACAGCCCGCAGGACACAAAUUGUUGCUCUUCUGCUCUGUGCAGGAUGGAUGCACAUAAAUCCUUAAAAUCCCAAGGGCCACCUCUGCAUCUGGACUCACUUCAGCAUCGCCCUUCAGCAUAUACAGCUAAAUGACCCCAGGGACAUCUGGCCUCAGGGCUGGGACCUGGACAAUUGCUUCCCCUCUGUCUUUGUCCUCAUGUGAAAUGAGGAUGAUUCUUUAUGUCAUGACAACUGAAUUUAUUAGUCCCUGUGUAGGAGAAACAGGACUGAGGGUUGGCAGGUGGCUGUCCAAGUUCGGAUGUGCCCGCUGGGGUCUCUGUGCCUCACUCCUGCAGCCAGAGCAGAACGUGCUUGGAGCCUGGGUGAGGAUCAGGCCCCUUCCUUGCUGUGCAAGCUGCACCUCGGUGCUGGGGAAAGCAGGAUAAGGCUCUGGAGAGCGAGAACAGAAAGUCCCUUGGUCAGAAUUCCCCACGGAACUGUGGUUUUACAAAACCCCGUCACCAUCCGUGCUGCUGCCCAUCGCUCACUGACCCGUCCCCGGCCGUGAUGCAGCUCUGCUGCCUUUUAAUUUGCCAGAUUGGCUGGCCGAGGUGCAAAUGGAUAGUUACUGACUGUAGGGAUUUCCGAAUUGCCAAACACACGAGGGCAGGAACCAGCUCCAGUUACCUCUGAAUUAACAGUCUCAUUUUUAACGUGCUGUGUUUCAUUAGCGCUGCCAUGAUGCUCUUGGUAUGCACUCUAGUUAAAGCUUAAUAAAGGAAUUUUAAUUCCAGGCUAACUGGAGUCUUGUGGUAGAAUACAGUGUACCACGUAAAGAAAACGAAGGGGUGCAAACUGUUAAGUAAGCUUUAACGUGCAAAAGGAUAAUUUUAUCUUUUUUUUUCUCCCUCGAGAUAGAUCCACACAGAAUCUUGAGCAAAAAAUUGUGUGCUCUUGCAUCCCUCAGUAAUAGCAACAAUGCACAGAGAUUAUGCUUAUCUCCCACUGAAAAACUGCUACCUGAGUGGUCAUUUGGAGUACCUUUCAUUGAAAAGAAAAUAAGAGGAUAAUUUGAACAACAGAGGGUUUAGUUAAAAUACAGUAUAAUUUAAAACAAGUUCUAAGUCAGCAUUUGGAGUUUGAUCACUGUUUAAAAUCGCUGUUCAGUGCUGUCUUUGUAUUACACAAUGGUCAGUUGCGGGAGAGAAUAUGCUUUUAACAUCUAGUGGUAGCAGAUGGACUUAUUGAGACCAAGAGCAUAACAAAUACGUAAUGCAACUGUAAAUUUAUUUAUGAGUAAAACGUUUGAAUGCAGAAGCAGCUACUGCUAUGUAAGCAUAAUGAACAUAUAGCUAACAUUGUUUUCAGUUUGUUUUUCUCCAAAGCUUAGUCCUUUUGACUUGUAAUAUGUAUAUUUGCUUUUUUUAAAAUCUAAUUAGGUUUAACAAAACAUCCGUUGCUUUGUGAGUUGUACUUACGAUUGUGCUGGGCCGUUAGCUUUAAGCAGUUUGUGUGCUUGUGUUAUUUUAUUAAAGCAAAAGUCUUCUUGAGACAAACGCGGUAAAGGAAAAAAUAAUCAUUAUAUUUUUGGUAGUGUUAAGCAGAUGUGUGGUAUGCAUUUGGAAAAUGUCCAAUGUCAGUUGAAAAAACAAACAAAACUGGGGCUAAAUUGCUUACCAGAACUGCUCAUCUCUAAGGCAGUGGCUUUUUAGUUCAUGGGUUCAGGCUAAACUCCUGCCUAAACAGAAACUCAGAUUCCCCCAAGCAGCCUCUUACUCUGCAUCUCUUCACCCUUGUACAAGACCGAUGUGAAAUGAGUCUCGCGUUUUCUACGUCCGAUAUGUACUGUACUUCGUCACGGGAAGUGGCUACAAGUCCUCAAAGAAAUAUGAACAUAUUUUAAAACAGCAAUAAUUAGCACUGUAAAGCAAAUGAGAACGCGGGGGAGAGCACAGGGAGGUGGUUCAGGAGGAUGGUGCCAUUAGGAACAUGCUACAUCAGCGCUGCUGUUGCACCUGGUGAGCAGGUGAAGCACUAGAAAAGGCCACCGGUCUCUGGGGUGGAUCCUCACCUUGGCAGAGAAGUUGCCCAUGAAGGGUCCCUCUGCUCGAGUCGUUCUUUGGUGUUUUAAGUCCUUGCAUGGCACAGAUGUUUCACCUUCGUUUUAAGGGCGAGUUAUAGCAAAUGCCAUUCCUUGAGGGAGAGACAGACCCAAGGAAGAGCUGUCAGUGUGGCUCAGAGGAAAGUAAAUGCUCAUUGCCACAGUCUCAUACUCCAGCGUGCUCUGCUACCGCGCCGCUGGGGCUCAACAACAGCAGAAAAUAGAAUAAACUAAUAUAAUUUCCCGAUGGAGGGAAGCAGCAGUCAGCUCAGUUGGAAAGCUGUUUGCGUACCGUCCAGGCAUAUCGACACGAAGCAGUUCCUCUGGCAUGGCAGGACGUGUUGAUGUGCACGAGUUUAGCCCUUGGUGUGCUUUAGGCGAUCGAGCUCCCACCUGCGCAGCGUUACCGCUGUGAUGGGGGCUUAUCGGCCAUCGGCAGAGCCCUGGGGGCCACCAGCUCUCGGGGACAGCUCGGUGUCCUCGGGCAGGGCCGGGUGAGGUGCUCUGGGCAAAUGACUUGUAGGUACUUAAGUUCUGUUCCUGAUGGCCGCUGUAACUGUGAAAAUUAACCAGACCUGCUGUGAUAAAUUUGGUUAUAUAAGGUUUAUUUGGUUAAUUUUUUAUAAGUGAAAACUGAAAAGAUGAAAGAGAAUUGUAAUAUGAAAGCAACUGCUGUAAAUAAUGUAUGAAUGAAUAAAAUCUAAAACUUA